AUUGUUGAGAAUCUUGAUGAGAAAGUUGUGGAAAAUUUUAUAGAAAAAAAGAUUGUUGUAAAGGUUGUUGGGAAGAGGAUUGUUAAGCUAAAGGUUGUUGAUGUGAAGAUAAUUGCAACAAAGAUCUUUGAGAAGACUAUGACAAA